GCGAUCGCCGGGAGCGGAUCGUCCGCCGCCGGCAAGCGCAAGCCCGGCGACGACAAGUCCGGCGGUGGGAGCCGGAAGCGGAUGAACCCCGGCGUUCUCCAGUUCUUCGAGCACUCCGCCGCCGAAGCUGACGGCUCCGACGACAGCGACAUGGACGAUUUUAUGGAAGAAGAACUUGAAGCAGAACCUAUUGUCCAGAGUGAACCUGGGAAAGCCCGUAACCUUCCAUUCAUUCCUAAAGAGGAGGAAGUGGAUGGGGAAGAAUUUGAAAGAAUGAUGGAAGAACGAUACAGGACUGGUUCUACAUAUGUUACCUAUGCUGAAGAUAAUUAUGAAAACAAAAGAUCGAUUGAUGGAAUUGUGCUUGAGCCUUCUGCUAAAGAUCCUGUUGUCUGGAAAGUAAAGUGUGCGGUUGGACGCGAGAGACACUCAGCUUUCUGUAUGAUGCAGAAGUUUGUUGACUUAGCAUCAAUGGGUACCAAGCUGCAGAUUAUAUCUGCAUUUGCUGUUGAUCACAUCAAGGGUUUUAUCUUCAUUGAAGCUGAUAAGCUAUGUGACGUUCAGGAGGCAUGUAAAGGACUUUGUAAUAUAUUUCUAUCCCGAGUAACGCCAGUUCCCAAAAGUGAAGCUCCUAAUUUGUUGGCUCCUCGGACUAAAAACAGUGAAAUUGCUGUCGGUACAUGGGCCCGUGUGAAGAGUGGGAACUACAAAGGUGACUUGGGACAGGUUGUGGCUGUGAACGAAAAGAAAAAAGCAACAGUAAAGCUGAUACCCAGAAUUGAUCUACAAGCAAUGGCUAUGAAAUUUGGUGGGGGUGUUUCUAGAAAGAAACUGCCUACUCCAGCACCGAGAUUGAUCAGCACAAGCGAACUUGAGGAGUUCCGCCCUCUCAUUCAGCACAGGAAGGAUAAGGAUACCGGAUUGCAUUUUCUCUGUUUUGAUGGUUUGCUCCUUAAGGAUGGAUAUUUAUACAAAAAAGUGCCGUUAGAUUCCUUAAUUUGUCGGGGAGUCGUUCCAUCAGAUGAGGAGAUACUGAAAUUCAGGCCCUCCGAGAACAAUGAAUCUACUGAUCUGGAGUGGCUUUCACAGCUCUAUGGUGAAAAUAAGAAAAGGAAGAGCGUCGACAUUGAUAUAGGGGAUGGCAAAGGAGAGGGUUCAUCAAAGGGAGAAAGUUCUUCCGGGUGUGGUGAGAAUCUCUAUGGGAUGUAUGAUCUUGUCUGUUUUGGCAAGAAAGAUUUUGGUCUUGUGCUAGGCAUUGAGAAAGAUGAUACUUACAAGAUUCUGAAAGAGGGUUCGGAAGGAUCUGCCGUUGUGACAAUUCCACAGAAGGAGAUAAAGAAUGUACUCUCUGAUGUAAAAUUUACAGCUUAUGAUCAGCGCCAGAAGCCCAUUGGUGUCAAUGAUACAGUUCAAGUUUUGGAAGGACCAUUAAAGGAUAGGCAAGGAAUAGUGAAGCAAGUCUACAGAGGCACGAUAUUCAUGUUUGAUGAGAACGAGACAGAAAAUGGUGGUUAUUUCUGCUCAAAAUCUCACAUGUGUGAGAAAAUCAAGCUUUCCAUUGACGUCAGCCCAGAAAAGGAUGGGGAUUCGGGUGCUAUGGACUUUGAUGAUUUCACAUUAUCACCCAAGUCCCCUCUAUCACCAAAAAAGCCGUGGCUAAAGGAGAAUAACUUCAAUCAGGGCAAUACUGACGGAAUGUUCUCAAUUGGUCAAACUUUAAGAAUUCGUGUUGGUCCAUUGAAGGGAUACCUCUGUCGUGUCUUGGCCAUACGCCGUGCUGAUAUCACUGUUAAGCUUGAUUCUCAGCAAAGGGUUCUUACAGUUAAAGCUGAGCAUCUUACAGAGGUUCGUGCAAAGAGCUCUGCCAUGCUUAGUGAGGAUCCGGAGUCCAGCUCUCUUAAACCAUUCGAUUUGCUUGGAACUGAAGGAGGCUCUACAGAUUGGACCGAUGGAGCUGGGACAUCAGCCGGGGGUGAUGCGUGGAAUGCUGGAGGGUCAUCUGGUGAAAGGAAUGCUUGGCCUAGUUUCUCUGCCUCGGGCAAUUCGCUUCAGCCUGAGUCCAGCUCUGCGAAUCCUUUUGAUUCUGAUGGAAAUGGUGCUAAUAAAGGUACUUUCAGUUCUCCAAGUUUCAAAAAGGCAAUGCCUUUAAUAAGAAAGUUAACCCUUGUGUGA